AUGCUGAUCCAACGGGUAUUUUAUCUCCUCCUGCCUCUGUUUGUCCAUAAAGUUCUAGCCAAGGGUGGUAUGGGUGGCGGUGGCCGAGGAUUUAGUGGUGCGCGAGGUGGUGGGGGCCGCGGUGGUAUGGGUGGUGUCAGCGCCGGGUAAGUUCAUACGUCCAUUCGAUGAUUUAGGCCUUCGUCGAAAUUUUCGCAUGUUUUGUGAAAAAAAAAGAAUGUAAUCUUGUCCCAAUUUUUAUCAAAAUCUAAGUGUCACACGUUCCUUCCACUGUUAACAUAUUUCUUCCAGAGGUCGAUUCUACGGCGGAGGAAGCGGAUUUGUGUUUAUGAGUCUCGCCUCCAGGCAAUUGGCGCUGUAAGUUCUAAAUGCAAACCUAUUUUUUGACCCCAAAACACCAUUUUGUACGAUUCUUGUAUUUUUUUUUGCACUACGCGAUUCCGAUUUCUCCGACAAUUCAAAAAAAGGGGUGCAACAGAAACAGAGAGCACUGUAUCCCCUCGUCGAAAAUUCUCAAGACUUGUUUUGGAUAUAAAAUUAGUCUGUCGGGAAAAUAAUGAGCAUAAUGUCGCUGCGCUGAUCGCGCUGCUGAAGUGAAAAGCAAUUUGAUUUUGUUGCGACAGAAUUCAUUUUUCUCGACUGCGGUGUGAUUUUCGAUUUUAUAUGCACAUUAUUUUCCCGACAAAUGAUAUCGGUGCGAACGGAAGGAAUCGCUGCUGGCCCUAGAACCUUGAAAUUGGGCAAAGAAACACUGUGGAACAGUGUAACACCAUACCCAAAAAAUCGUUUCAUUUGAUUGACACUUUACAUGCCUUUUUUUGAAAAAGGCAAAAAACCGGAUGGCAAAAUUUUCUUUCCACACGUUUGUAACUCAUAUGCCAGAGGGUCUUAAGCCAUGAUUGUGGUAUCGUUGUGAUUGCGAAGAACUGCUCUCUCGCGUGUCAGAACUUUAACGGGGUUUUCGUUUCUUCGUCCUUGGGCGUCGGCUCAUCGUCGCCUUGUCAAAGUGUGACGAAUCCACAUUAUUUUCCCGACAGACCGAUAGUACGCUUAAAAAUAUACUAUAAUAAAGAAAAAUUUUUCUGCUGAUCGCAAAAGUUUUCUUUAUUUUCCACUUUUCCAAUUUCAGGGAAAAAUGCGUCAAAGAGGCGAUCAACGAAGCCAAAAACGUCACUCUGAUGAAGGAAGAGGCCAAAAACCUGACCUAUUCCGAGGCCAAGGAGCAGUGUGAAAGCGAGCAACAAAGUGAAAUCGUGGGCUCAUGGUUUGCGUUUGUUUUCUGUACGAUCUUCGGAAUCGUGGGGAUCGUGAUGUCGAUCAGCUUUUUUUUCGUCGAAUACGACCCGGACCUGGAUGUGCGCUACUUGCACAUCCUCUGCUUCAAGUUCUACGUCCCGGACGACAAAAAAGGCUAUAAUUGCUGCGGAAGAAGAUACAGGCCAAAUAAUGAGGGCGUUGAAAUGGAGGAGAGACUGCAGGAUGGCCAGAAGAACAGAGAAAAUGUGUAUCAUGCGUCGUGA